CCGCCAGCCUCGACACCGUGACUGACUCGGCCGUACGGUAUCGAUUCCCGCCGGAAAAGGAAUCAGCGGCGAGCGCCAUCGACGGAAGCAAAUCAUUAGGUAUCUAGCUAGCUCCUUUAAGAGAGAGAAAAAAAAGAGUUAUCUAGCUAGCUACUUCUAGGCGGAGGUCGACAUGGUUCAGGCCGGAUUGGCUCAGCCGGCGCCGAGCACGGGGGCGCCGGCGAUGGCGGCAGCGGCAGCGGCGGUGCACGUCGCGCUCAAGAUCCCCUCCGGCGGCGGGCCGUAUGCACGGGCCAAGCACUACCAGCUAGUGGAGAAGGACCUGGACGCGUCGAUCGCGUGGUUCUGGAAGGCGAUCGAGACGGGGGACAAGGUGGACAGCGCGCUCAAGGACAUGGCGGUGGUGAUGAAGCAGCGCGGCUACCUGGACGACGCCGUGGACGCCAUCCGGUCGCUGCGCCACCUCUGCCUGGGGAAGCAGUCGCAGGAGUCCCUGGACAACAUCCUGCUCGACCUCUACAAGGCCAGCGGGCGCACCAAGGAGGAGAUCGAGCUGCUCAAGCACAAGCUCCGCCGGAUCUACCACGGCCAGGCAUUCCCCGCCGACAAGGCCACCAAGCGCGCCCGCUCCCACGGCCGCAAGAUCCACGUCUCCGUCCAGCAGGAGACGUCCCGGGUGCUGGGCAACCUCGCCUGGGCCUACAUGCAGCAGCGCAACUUCAUGGCGGCCGAGGCCGUGUACCGCAAGGCGCAGAUGGUGGAGCCCGACGCCAACAAGGCCUGCAACCUCGCGCUGUGCCUCAUGGAGCAGGGCCGGCUGGGGGACGCCGAGGGGGUGCUCGCCGACGUGGUCGCCGGCGCGUUCCGCGACGGGAGGGAGAGGGAGCACGGCGGCGGGAAGGUCGUCAGGAAGGCGGAGGAGCUGCUGGAGCGGAUCAGGGCGGAGACAGGCGGCGGCGGCGAGAAGGAGGCCGGGGAGGAGGACGGCGCCGAGGCCGACGAGAUGGCGGAGCUUCUGGACAUGGUGGCCAGGCAGUGGGCCGCGCCGUACCGGAAGAGCCACCGGAGGCUGCCCGUGUUCGAGGAGAUCACACCCUUCGGCAGGGAGCAGAUGGCUUGCUAGCUAGAAGCUCAUGAGAACUCAAUAGAAGCUGUGAGUGUGCAGUAGCUUGAUCAGAAUAGUGUGAAGCUCGUGAGAACUCAAUAGAAGUUGUGUGUGUGUGUGCAGUACUGCAGUAGCUUGAUCAGAAUAGUGUGAAGCGUACGUGUUAAUCAAUGUGACAUACAGUAUGUUCUAUGUUGGUGCUCAUGUAUGUAGAUGUGUUGCA